CUCUCUCACACACACACACACACUGUCGCACAUAGCACACUCUAAUGGCCGAGGCAGAGAAGAAGGAGGAGGAGGCCGAGAAAGUUAUAUUGCAAAUCGGCAAACAACUCGCCAGCUCAAAAACUUGCCCGAACAAAAGCACGCUCGUCAAAUUGCUCAAGCAAGCUGCAAGUGCUUUUUCAGAGAUGAAACAGUCUGAGGUACAGCAGGCUUCAAGUUCUUUCCAGGAGCUGAAGCAGUCAGAGUCACUAAAAUUUUCAGUAAAGCCAAUUAGUGAUUCUCUCAUCAAGCAUGGCCUACUUGACCAUAAAGAUAGAGACAUUAGAAUCCUUGUCGGCAUCUGUCUCUGCGAAAUUAUAAGGGUGCUGGCACCGAAUCCUGAUUUUAGCCCUGCAGUUUUUAGGGACAUCUUUAGAUUUCUUUUAAGCAUAUUUGAGGAGCUUGAUGACAUUGCCAGUCCGUAUUUCUUGAGGAGGGCCAAAUUAUUGGAGACUGUUGCUAAACUGCAGUUUUGUCUGGUAAUGCUAGAUACUGGAUGUGAGGAUUUGGUUCUGAAAAUGUUCAAAAGCUUCUUCAGUGUUGUGAGGGAGGAUCAUCCUCAAAGUUUGAUUAAUUCAAUGUCAUCAAUAAUAACAAGCAUUUUGGAGGAUGGUCACGAUCCUCUUGAAAGUAAUCCAUCUCAUUCACUCAUAGAUGUGAUUUUGCAGAAUAUCAUCAAGGAAAGGAAGUGUAUAGGAUCUGCUUCUCAUCAACUUGCUGUCGCUGUCAUGCAAAACUGUGGUGAAAAGUUGGAGCGCAGUUUAUGUCAGUUCCUGAAAUCAUGCAUAUUGGGAAGAGAUGCUGUUCGGAGUGUGGUUAAAGAAUCUUACCAUGAGAUCAUAAUUGAAAUAUACAGAAUUUCUCCACAAUUGCUCCUCUCAGUUAUACCUUCUCUGACUCAUGAAUUAAUGACUGAUCAGGUUGAUGUCCGCAUUAAAGCUAUUAAUUUAAUCAGAAAGCUCCUAUCAAUGCAUGGGCAUCAGUUUGCACGGGAUUAUCCACAUGUCUACUGUGAAUUGCUGAAUAGAUUCUCUGAUAAAUCUGCGGGAGUCAGACUUAUUGCUCUUUCAUGUGCUAAAGAUAUGCACACGACUAAUCUUUCAGUGAAAGAAUCACCUAAGAUACUCUCUGCCAUUCAGGAUCGACUAUUAGAUCAUGAUGACAAAGUCAGAGUCGAAGCAGUGAAUGUGGUGUGUCAACUAGCUAUGGCUAACUUAAACCUGUUCACAGGCUUAAUAAAUGAAGCAUCUAAAAGGCUUCGUGAUAAGAAGGUCUUUGUCAGAAGCAAAGCCUUGCAGAAGUUGGUAGAACUGUACCAGAAAUAUUGCACAAGGUGUGCAGAAGACAUCACUUUGCUCAAUGAACAUAUGGAGGAUAUUCCUUGCAAAGUUUUGAUGCUUUGCUAUGAGAAAGACUGUCAGGAGUUCAGGCCUCAAAGCAUGGAGCUUGUUCUGGCUGAUUUAUUCCCUGCUUCUCUUUCAAUUGAAGAAAGAACAAGGCACUGGAUAAUUAUAUUUUCCCUCUUCAAGCAACCCCAUCUUAAGGCACUGAAAAUUAUUCUCUCUCAUAAACGAAGGUUACGAGAUGGGCUUAAAGAUUUCCUGGAUCUCUGGACUGGAGUGGAGGAUAAUGGUUCAGAACAAGCCAAAAAGAAAAUAGAGUCAUUGGUUAUGAAGAUGUCUUCAUGCUUUCCUGAUCCUGCUAAAGCAAAGGAUUACUUUCUGAAGUUUAAAGAACUCAAAGUUAAUGAAAUAUUUAGUGUGUUACAGCAGUUUCUGAGAAAUCAGACCCCUCUUAGUACUGAGACAAUGAAGGAUGUAUGUGAAAGAGAACUUGGUGACCAGAAAGCACUAUCUGAAUUCAUCCAUCUAGUUUACAAGAAGUGCUCAUUUAAUGUAUUUAGCUCUGAGCAUGUCCGCUACAUUUUGGAUUGUCUUUCUAAUGAUGAAACUGAAAAGAAGCACUUGAAGGAUUGUCAGGUGCAGCUUCUUUUGACAAUUAUCAGUGCCUUUCCCUUACUACUUAGAGGUUCAGAGCAGCAGUUCAAGCAUUUGUUACGUGAAAGGGAGAUUUGUUUUAAUGAACAACUGCUUGAAAUGCUAGCUGUAGAGGGAAGCCAUAUUUCUAUUAAACUCAGGGAAAAGGUCGCUCAUAUUGAAGUUGGCUCCAACAGAAUCAGUAAAAUUUAUGUAGCAGCUCAAACUGCUCUUUGCCAGUACUCAGUAAUGCGAUUCUAUGAUCUCUGCAUAUGUAGCGAUGUAUACUCUUCCUUGGAGGAGGUAUGUUUAGAAGGAACUCGCGCCCAGGCUAAAUUGGCUGUGUUUGCAAUUGCUGCAUUAGCUGGUACCGAACAGUUCAUUUUCCCAAAACUUUGCAAGACGCUCGUGGAUUCUCUACGCAAUGGACAGAAUGCUCCAACUGUUCUGCAGUCAUUGGGCUGUUUGGCACAACAUUCGCCUCCAUCAUUUGAAGACCUAGAAGAAGUGAUUACAAAUUACAUUGUUGAGAAAAUAUUUCGGCCAAAUGAUGCUCUCACUUCCAAGGAUCUUGAGAAUUUCGAUGAGGAUUCAAACUGUUGCAGUUCUUGUAAAUUGAAGAUUUUUGGGCUUAAAGCUCUUGUCAGAAGCUAUCUGCCACAUAAACAUGCACGUACUCGUCCUAUUGGUUUCUUGCUGGAUGUUAUUCAGCAGAUGCUACAAAAGCGUGGAUUUCCUGCUGGUAGUAUCCCAUGUGUACACGAUGAGGCUUUCAUAUGUGUAGCUGCGGCAAAGUCUGUCCUUAGGCUUUCAAGGAAAUGGGAUUUGCAUAUUUCACCCCAGAUAUUCCGCUUGACAAUAUCAAUGGCCAAGGAUCCUUCUCCUUGGGUGCGCAGAUCAUUUGCCAGCAAAGUACACAGGUUGUUGAAUAAACACGCCAUGCCCAGUAGAUAUGCAUGUGCCUUCUCGUUUGUUGCUUUAGAUUGCAUUGAAGAUUUGCGUAAUGCUGGAUUAAAGUACUUGGAAGAAUUUAUCAGGGAGUUUGGUAAAAGAGCUCAACUACAUGAAACCACGACCAUACAAGAAUCAGAUAAUCACCCUGCAUACCUGGUUGUGUUUUUGAUCCAUGUUAUUGCCCAUGACCCUGAUUUCCCUUCUCCAGACUGUCGAGAUGAAGAUAUAUAUGCUGAGUUUCUGAGUCCACUCUUCAUCACUGUAGAGGCCUUAGUGAAUGAAAUGUUGCUUGGUGGGAACUCGAGCAGUAAAUCCAAUGUUUCAUUGUAUUUGCGAAGUAUUUUUAAUGCAAUCAAGAAGGCAGGGGAUGCUAUCGAUGCCCAGAUGACUCCCAAGCUGCACCUUUUAGCAGCAGCUGGAAUUUCUAUUUUAGAUUCCCUUAACAUCAGUACCACCCCUGUCCCACAUACUCCUGGACUAGUUCUGCUCCCAUCAUCACUCUACACAAGCUGUCCUGAGAUGAUAGAGGCAAGUUCUGUGCUGAUNGUUAAUGCUUACCCGUUGAUUGGUAGCAAAGCCGAUGCAAUCUUUACUAAAAAAUUGGUAUCUCGCCUCAAAUUCGAGGUUUCUGGGGUGAUCGUCCAGACAGGCACAAAGCAUGGCCAACAAUCUAAUGAGACUUCUGUACGACCCAGCAGUGGUAGACCCUUGACAUCAACUUCUAAAUCUGGCGAUAAAAGUUUGCUGGUAAAUAAUAUUAAAGAGCAAAGUGUUGAGCUCCAAACUGGACACAGGGAGUUGUUUGAUCCUGAAGGACAAGGAAAGCCUGCAAAAUCCUUUCAUGUUGGAUCGCUUUUACAGAAAGAUAAGUUUUCUGGUGGAGCUAAACAUGAAGGGGAUUCCCAUGGAAAACCCACUUCGUCCGAAAAUGAAGUCAUUGGAAGUUGUUCAAGAGAAAGAGACGCGGUUGAUAAAUGUGACAGUAGUUUGGUUGGACCAUCUAAUUUGUUAAGUGACGACAACCAAGUGAAAUGUUCAACCUCCAAUGCGAUUGGUACGCAGAUUGUAAAAGGCAGUGGUGAAACGUUAGUUGGCAAGCGUAUUAAACUAUGGUCACCAAUUGAAAAAUGCUACUAUGCGGGUGUUGUGGAUGGUUUUGAUUCCACCAAAAGCACUCACCAGAUUACUUACAAGAGUGGGGAGUCUGACAUUCUAAGCUUGGACAGUGAGACUUGGGAAAUUGAUAUGGAUGAUCUCCAAGCACAAUAUUGUGGCGAUACUAAUCCUAAUUCUCAAGCUGAACCUUUGGAAUCAAAACAAGAGAAGAACUUGCCAAAGAAAAGACAAAACUGCAUAAAAAAGAUUUCUCAGCCCGUUAAAAGAGCUAAGAGGAAUGAAGAGGCUCUUGGCACUUCGAUAUCCAAAGGCAUGGAUAUGAAUGGGAACAAUGGACUACGAAGAAGUUAAAGACAUAACAAAGUUUGACGUGUAGUGCUUAUUUAUUAUCUUUGUUCUGUGAACACAGAACAGACGUAUGUUUAUUAUAACAGACUACCAGUUUAAAGCCUCUGCUUCACAUGUACAAAUUACAAAAACUACCCCGGGUUUUGGGAGUAAUUCCAAAGAAUGUUAUAUAAUUGAAAAUUAUAUAUAAAUAAUAACUAUUAACAUAGUUUUAGCUGAAUUUAACGAGGAAAUUAUACUAAUUUUAAGUGGGAAUUGGGAUAUUCUAAUAGCAUUUUUCUCAUGUUUUUAGUUUUUUUUUAAGCUAUUUCCUUACCUUAUUAUGAUUUUGAUUUUAAACUUAAUUCUUAUUCCAUUUGAUCGCCAUCAGGGGUUGAUACAUUUAUAAAAGCUUGCAAUUAAUAUGGUUGCCAAACAAAAUGAGUUGGCACGG